AUGAUAGUCCAAAAAUGGAAAUUAAUAGAGCCGGAAACGGUGAGCAUAUCUCAUUACACGAAAAGGGGGGGGGGGAAUGAUCUCCGUUGGGGUGCAGACACUAUUGGACCCCACCAAUAUACUGAUAAAACGACAACUUCCUCGCUUUUACCCCGUUCAAAAAAACAAAGUUUAAAAACAACAGAUCAAAAACGAAAAGGACUUUCCGAACGACCUAAUAUAUCCCAAGUAAUCUUAAACAAGCUUACCUUAGAGAUUAGGCUCCCUAAAAAGCACAAUGACGACAAUGGAUUAGAACAUUUUUUUGGGAAAAGGAAUGUUUUGUUGCUUAGCUACAGUAAUCCCAUCUACACUCCAUUCUCAUAUAAACUCCAGGAACAACAUUCGCCAGACGAUUCGGACGUCAUUACCGCCCGGACGUCAUUACCGCAAUUUACUUCUGUUUUCCUUAUCUCUCUAGUCUGGCACCAAUGA